AUGCGCGUGAGGGUGGCGAGCGUGGGGGACGAUUGGAAUGGCGGUCGCUGGGCCGAGAAUGGCGGCCUCGCUCACGAUGCCGGCCCCUGCCACGAUCACGAUGAGAACCUCGACCUCUGCGCCUGUCCCUGUCACGGGGUUCGCGGUCGUGGUCAGCGCUCCACUGAUCCCUCAACACCGGACUCCUACGAGAUCCAGCCAUGA